GCGCCGAGGGGGCUCGAGGAGCGGCUGCGGCGCGCGCGAGAGUCGGCAGCCGGGACAGGCCCUCGACGCUGAGCCGCGGUGGGGGUCGCGCUGGCGCUUCGGGGGCCUGUGAGCACGAACGCCGCGCACCGACGGAACCGGGCGGUCGCCGGCCACUUCGGGGGGCCCUGCCUCGCCGCCCGGCGGGUCCAGAGAGCCGGGUGGUCACUUCUGGAGGGUGCGGUGGCCCCGUCCGGCACGAUUCCGGGAUCCAGGCGCGUCCGCUCCGGCCGCCGCACGUUCCCGGAGGCCACCUGGGGUCCAGCGCCGCCUCGGUCGAGCCCGGGGCGCCCCUGGAUGGCUGAGCUGCCCCCUCGCCGGCCGCCCGGGCGCCGCAGCGGCUGAGGUCGCGGGGAUCGCCCGGCCGCCGCCGCCCUCGCCGCCCCCUGCAUGCCCGGCGCGCGGGUCGCAGCCCACCUGGACUCUCUGGGGCCCCUGGUGUCCUACGUGCAGCCGCCGCUGCUGCCCUCUAUGUUCUACGUGGGCCUGUUCUUCGUGAACGUGCUGAUCCUGUACUACGCCUUCCUCAUGGAGUACAUCGUCCUCAACGUGGGCCUCGUCUUCCUGCCCGAGGACUUGGACCAAGCGCUCGUGGACCUCGGCGUGCUCUCUGACCCCGGCUCCGGCCUCUACGAUACCGACUCGGAGCUCGACGUCUUCGAUGGAUACUUGGAGUAGGGUGGACUACUCCUCCCCUCUCCCCUCCAUGAUCCGCAACCCUCGGCCGGGACCAGCCGCCCAGAUCAUGCCCUCGCUCCUGGUUGGGUGCGCUGUCUGGACCCGGAUGGGACCCCAGGAAGAGCCCCUCCGAGGCUUGGCCCUUAAACAAUGAAAGGUGGAGCUGGAGUCCAGGACCUCAGUGAUCCCAGGUGACCUUGGCUCCACUCUCGGCCCUCUGCAGUCUGGAACAGCUCGGUCUCCUGUCUUUCAUUCGCCAUCUGGCACGCUGGCUGCCUCCCUCCCUGUGGGUUUGUCUGAUGUUUGCCGGGACCUAGGUGCCUUCUUGGCGGAGUACAGAAGUGGGCAUGUCUCCCUCUGCCUCCUUUGGUGGCACUGGCUGGCUGUCCUCUGGCUGGUCAUGUUCAUUUUGAUCACUUGGCUAAGGGUGGUGUUUGCCAAGUCUCCCAACUGUCAAUUCACUGUUUCUCCCUUUAUAAUUUAUGAUUUAAGAUGAAUUACACUAGUUUUAGUGCUAUGUUUGUAAAAAAAAGUCUACUUCUGUCUUUGUUUUAUUUUUUGGUAGCGCAGGGGGUGGAGCUCAGUGUCCAAAUACUGUACCAUGGAUCCACACCCCCUGCCUAUGUGGCUUCAUUUCUGAAAAAUGUCUAUUUCACCGUAAAGAGAAAACCAUCAUGACUUGGUGUCGGUAAAAAAUAGGUGCCAAAGUCAUUAACUUCCGGCCAAAUACCCUGGCAGCCGUAGGCCUCGGGUCCGUGGCCUGUUCUCUUUGUUGAACUGAAGGUGAGCAGCUAUGAGGCAGCAGAGAUGCCAGCAUGCGGCUGGCACUGUCUCGAAGGGAUGAUGAGGCUCAGCCACGGUGCAGAGAGAGUGCUUGCUCACUGUGUGUGCCUGGUACUUAAGGCCACCCCCCUAAAAUUGUUGCUUAGGGCCUUUGCUGUUGGGCACACCUCCCCAAGCCGAGUGAUCUCUGAAGUGGGAAUGAUAGUUGGACAUGCCUAAGGGCUUGUGCCAGUUCAGUGGGCAGGUGACCUGUGUUUAAUUGGCACUCGAUAAAGGAUGCAUUCAGCAUUGAUGCGUCAGCCCAGAGGGGGCUCCAGCCCGGGAAGCCUUCCCCUUUCCUUGGGCACCCUUGCUUGUGGCCAGCAUGGAGGAGGUGUGUUCAGGCUGCCUGCAAAGCAGUACCCUGAGUGCCAAGUGCCCAAGUUCUUCACAGCUGUCCAGGCCCCAAGCAUGGCCUUGCAGGGCUGGGAACUCCCUGUUGGGGAGGGCUUCAUUCCUGGGAUUCCUUCCUGGCAGAGGGCUUGGCUGGGUGGUUAAAAAUAACCGCCCCUCCCACCCCUCCGUAGCUUCACCUGAGUCACCCCGAAGCUGCCCGGGCAGGGCCCAUUAGCUCCAUUACACAGGAAGGGAAACUGAGGCUUGGGGAGGUUCAGGCCUCGCCCCAGAUGCCCAGCUAUGAGGUGGCCGCGUCGGGCCUCCCAGAUAUCCAGCGCCAAGAGGUGACAGAGCAGAGCCUGCGGUGCCCCAACCCUCCUGGGAACUGGUGCUUUCCCCUUUUGACCAGCUCCACACCCAAUGGGGCAGCCAAGGACCUGGAGCCAGAAUGAGUGGUUUAAUCCUUACUGUAUUUUUAGCAUUGCCUUCUGUUUACGACAGGUGAUAGUGUUUUUUAUCAUAGUGACAUAAAGGGGUUUUAAACUUGAGUUUAAAAACCCCUUGGUUUUAAAGGGUUAAAAGUUAGUUUAAAAAAGAUGUGCAUUGCUGGGCACAGUGGUGCACUC